AUGUCUACGUCUGGUGAAUUUGGAAACCCCUUGCGCAAAUUUAAGCUGGUGUUCUUGGGCGAACAGAGCGUGGGAAAAACUUCGUUGAUCACAAGAUUCAUGUAUGACAGCUUUGACAACACUUACCAGGCGACAAUCGGUAUAGAUUUCCUGUCAAAGACAAUGUACUUGGAAGACCGAACCGUUCGUCUUCAACUCUGGGACACGGCCGGCCAAGAACGCUUCCGCUCCCUCAUACCCUCAUACAUCAGAGACUCGACUGUCGCUGUUGUCGUUUAUGAUAUCACCAACGCGAACUCAUUCCACCAGACGUCCAAAUGGAUAGAUGACGUGCGUACGGAGCGCGGCUCUGACGUCAUCAUCAUGCUGGUCGGCAACAAGACGGACCUCUCGGACAAGAGGCAGGUGUCCACCGAGGACGGGGACAGGAAGGCCAAGGAGCUGAACGUCAUGUUCAUUGAGACCAGCGCCAAGGCCGGGUACAACGUGAAGCAGCUAUUCAGACGCGUCGCAGCAGCCCUGCCCGGCAUGGACUCAGCGGAGAGCAAGCCGCCUGAAGACAUGCAUGAGGUGAUCCUCCGACAGGCGCCCGGUGAUAACAAGGAGCCCGAGAACAGCUGUGCCUGUUAA